AAGUCAUCAAAGAGAAAAAGAUUGAACACUUAGAAAAAGAAUUAACCAUUUUUGUUGGCAAAUUAGAGAGAAUUCGGAGUAAUCGUAUUUCAUUGGAAGCCAUUAGAGGAUUGAUAAUAAACUGUCAAGGUGAAAAAAAACCUUUGAAAGCCAUCGCUAAUUUGCGAAUUUCCCCUUCCCAUGAGUUAGUAGUGCGGGCUUUCGAACCAAAAUUUAUUCCUUUAAUUAGUAAAACAAUUUUAGAUAAACAAUUAGGAUAUAAAUUAGAAAGAAGCACCAAAGAAGAAGUUUAUUUUACUCUUACUCCGUUUACAAAAGAAAUCAAAGAAAGGCUGAUUACUGAGGUCAAGUUAAUUACCGAAGAGGGAAAAAAAGAAUUUCGUCUUAUUCACCAAGAAAUAAAAAACUGGUUAAAAAAAGCCUCCAAUCUCUCCCAGGACCAAAAAAAAAAUUAUGAAAAACAAGGGGAUAAAUUGGUUAAAGAUUAUCAAGAUAAAUUACUGGGAGCAGAAGAAAAGAAAAUUAAAGAAUUGAAUUCUUAA